UGCAGCCGCGGUACGUCCUGGGCAGGCGGGGCCCCGAGGGCCGGGCCAUCUGUACCCCGGGCUGGUUUCCUUGCUGCAGUCAGAGGCUGGGCUCUGAGUGCCUCCAGCGUGGACACCACUGGCCUGCCUUUGCCAAGGAGCCAGCCCUGAGCUCCCCGGAGGUCCGCUCCGGACCGGCUGGAUGUGCGGAGGGCUCUCCUGUGCCGGCCGGCUGCACGGGCGGCGCUGCCUCACUUGGCUCGUUUCUGCUUCCACUCCUCAGAGUUUAGUGGAUGCUAAUCACUGCUGUCCCCUCUCCACUGAAAUAAAGAUGCCCUUGGAGUGGAAGCCCAUUCACAUCGUGGCCUCACAGCUGCACGGAGUCCAGAGCGGAUCCUCUGAGGGAAAGAGGACCGGGAUGCUGUCCUGCGGCAUGGGACACCGGGGAGAGCCUUGUGGCCGGAGUCCUCCAACAUCGCUGUCCUCCACUUGCCUCUUCACGGGAGGAUGUGGCCAGACCAACCCAAGUCCAGGAUCCCUCCUCCUGUGACAGAGGAGAGCGGCUUUCCCGACCCAGCUGCACGGCUGUGCCUCCGCCAGCAGGCAGAGCACCUGCAUCCUUCCCCCCGCAGUCAUCCAUCCGUGCAGCCUCCGGGCUGAGCACGGCGCCCGGUGCUCCAGAGAACGCCUGCCGAUCUGGGUGUAGCCCUUACACGCUGGCUCCAAGAGCUUAGCGAUCAGGCCACCGGCAUCUGCUUAGAAACGGCCGGGGAGAUGGUCCCUCCCCCUGGAUGCAGUCACCGCGUGGUAAAUUCCAUCUGAAAGAGAACUGAGCGCUUUGCUGAGUCACAGAGCUCUGGGAGCCGACUGCACAAGCCAGGCCGGGUCUUGGGUGAGCGGAGACAGCUUGGCCGGGCCAGAGGAACGCGGGUGAGUGAGGAAAUGUGAGGUGGCACCGCCCCAGCUCAGCGUGCACAGCCCAGCCCAGACGAGCGGUCCCCCGGGCGCCCCUCACCAUGUCCAAGAAGGGCGCGGGCGGCCGAAGCAAGGGGGACAAGGCGGAGGUCCUGGCCGCGCUGCAGGCUGCGAACGAAGAGCUGCGGGCCAAGCUCACCGACAUCCAGAUCGAGCUGCAGCAGGAAAAGAGCAAGGUCAGCCGCGUGGAGCGGGAGAAGAACCAGGAGCUGCGGCAGGUGCGGGAGCACGAGCAGCACAAGAACGCCGUCCUGCUCACGGAGCUCAAGAGCAAGCUGCACGAGGAGAAGAUGAAGGAGCUGCAGGCCGUGCGGGAGACGCUGCUGCGGCAGCACGAGGCCGAGCUGCUGCGCGUCAUCAAGAUGAAGGACCACGAGAACCAGCGGCUGCAGGCGCUGCUGCACGCGCUGCGCGACGGCGCCCCCGAACGGCUGCGCACGGUGCUGCUGACCGAGGCCAAGGAGGAGGCCAAGAAGGGCUUCGAGGUGGAGAAGGUGAAGAUGCAGCAGGAGAUCUCCGAGCUGAAGGGGGCCAAGAGGCAGGUGGAGGAGGCGCUGACCAUGGUCAUCCAGGCGGACAAGAUCAAGGCGGCGGAGAUCCGGAGCGUGUACCACCUGCACCGGGAGGAGCUCUCCCGCAUCAAGAAGGAGUGCGAGCGCGAGAUCCGCCGGCUGAUGGAGGAGAUAAAAUUUAAAGACAGAGCAGUCUUCGUGCUGGAGAGAGAGUUAGGGCUCCAAGCCGGGCAUGCUCAGAGACUGCAGCUCCAAAAAGAGGCUCUAGAUGAGCAGCUGUCCCAGGGCAGAGAGACGGGUCGGCACCCGGGCAGCCCCAGACGGGAGCUUCCUCAGGCCAGCGGUGCAGGAGACGCCUCCGACCACUCGGGAAGCCCUGAACAGCAGUUGGAUGAAAAGGAUGCUCGGCGCUUCCAGCUUAAGAUCGCAGAGCUUAGCGCCAUCAUUCGGAAGCUGGAGGACCGCAAUGCCUUGCUGUCAGAGGAGAGAAAUGAGCUGUUAAAGCGUGUAAGAGAAGCUGAAAGUCAGUACAAGCCAUUGCUGGAUAAAAACAAACGCCUCAGUCGCAAAAAUGAAGAUCUGUCCCACACGCUACGUCGAAUGGAAAACAAGUUAAAGUUUGUCACGCAGGAGAACAUGGAGAUGAGACAAAGAGCUGGAAUCAUAAGGAGACCCAGUUCCUUAAACGAUCUGGAUCAAAGUCAGGACGAAAGAGAAGUUGACUUCUUGAAACUCCAGAUCGUGGAGCAGCAGAACCUCAUAGAUGAACUCUCUAAGACCCUGGAGACGGCCGGCUACGUGAAGAGCGUGUUAGAGCGUGACAAGCUUUUAAGAUUCCGGAAACAAAGAAAGAAAAUGGCGAAACUCCCCAAGAAGCCGGUGCUCGUGGAGACCGCCUUUGGCUACGAUGAAGAGGCCUCCCUGGAGUCUGACGGCUCGUCCAUCUCUUACCAAACGGACAGGACGGACCAGACCCCGUGCACCCCCGACGACGACCUGGAGGAGGGCAUGGCCAAGGAGGAGACGGAGCUGAGGUUCCGGCAGCUGACCAUGGAGUACCAGGCCCUGCAGCGGGCCUACGCCUUGCUGCAGGAGCAGGUCGGAGGGACGCUGGACGCAGAGCGAGAAGUUAAGACCCGUGAGCAGCUACAGGCAGACGUGCAGAGGGCGCAGACGCGGAUAGAGGACCUGGAGAAGACGCUGGCAGAGCAGGGGCAGGAUAUGAAGUGGAUUGAAGAGAAGCAGGCGUUGUACCGGAGAAACCAAGAGCUCAUCGAGAAGAUUAAACAAGUGGAGACAGAAGAGGCUCGGUUAAAACACGAGGUCCAGGAUGCGAAAGACCAAAACGAGCUGCUGGAGUUCCGGAUCUUGGAGCUGGAGGAGAGGGAGAGGAAGUCGCCUGCCAUCAACUUCCACCACACCCCCUUCGUGGAGGGGAAGAGCCCCCUCCAAGCGUACUGCGAGGCCGAAGGCGUGACAGACAUCCUGGUCACGGAGCUGAUGAAGAAGCUGGACAUUCUGGGGGAUAACGCCGUAAGUAAUCUGACCAAUGAGGAGCAAGUGGUCGUCAUACAAGCCAGGACGGUCCUGACCUUGGCCGGAAAGUGGCUCCAGCAGAUCGAAGAGACGGAGUCGGCCCUGCAGCGGAAGAUGGUUGACCUGGAGAGCGAGAAGGAGCUGUUCAGUAAACAGAAGGGCUACCUGGAUGAGGAGCUGGACUACAGGAAACAGUCCUUGGACCAUGCUCACAAGCACAUCCUGGAGCUGGAAGCCAUGCUGUACGACGCCCUGCAGCAGGAGGCCGGGGCCAAGGUGGCCGAGCUGCUGUCGGAGGAGGAGCGCGAGAAGCUCAGGGUGGCCGUGGAGCAGUGGAAGCGCCAGGUCAUGAGUGAGCUGCGUGAGCGCGAUGCCCAGAUCCUGCGGGAGCGCAUGGAGCUGCUGCAGCUGGCGCAGCAGAGAAUUAAAGAAUUAGAAGAAAGAAUAGAAGCUCAGAAGAGACAGAUAAAGGAACUGGAGGAAAAGCCCCCAGAGGAGCCGGACCCCUUUCCUCCAGCUGGACCGGAGAGCAGCGGGCGCCUGGGAGGCAGAACGAGACACUGUGUCUCAUCCCUGAAGACCCAAGAGGAUCUGGUCUCUGCGGACCCCCUCCCGUCGAGGAAGCGGGAGAAGGGGUGUCUUUGAGCCCCUCUGAGGGGGACUGUCCACUUUAAUGAGCCAGGAUUAGAGCUCGUUCUCUGACUGGGGCUCCUGUGGAGAGGCCUGGUCUGGCUGCCGGACCCUGGGGUCCUUCCUCGGGACACAGCCUCCACCCCCAGCUGCAGGGACACACGCGUCCCCGGCUGAGCACGUGCAGCGAGCCCAGCAGGAGCCCGGCUCUGCCGCCUCCCUCGGUUCCCUUAACAACCGAAACGCAUGUCUCAGAGGAAGUUUCUCAGAAACAGCGCAGGCACCUUACAAGAUGACAGGAUGAAUCUGCCACUACCGUGGUGACCUCUGUUCAGGGAAGCACGGUUUCCAUGUGUUGCUUCAGGUGGGCUAUGGAGAGGUUUCGACUGGCUCACUGGGGCCCUGGGCCCUCACUGACCGAACCCCUGCAGGCCUCCCUCGUCUAUGCUGCCGCCACUUGUGGGAACAGAACCAUGGCUGCCACAGUGCCAUCACCCUCGGCCUCCCUUGCCGCCCAAGACAUGAAGGCCAGAGACCUGCCCUGAGCCGGCUGAGGAGCAGAGGGACUGACCAAGCCUGGUAGGGGGAGGUGGGACAAGAGAGGGACAGACCCAGUGGAAAGGGACCUGACCUUGUUGGAGAUCGCAGAGGCCAGAGGCCACCGCCGGCAGGGCAGCCCCAGGCACCACGGAGGCCCUGGGGCUGCGGGUGAGCCCAGCGUGACCGAAGCUGCCAGGUCCAGAGCUCCAGCCUUUGUUCUCAGGGGGCAGUGCCCGGCGAGACGUCUGUGCUUCGUGGUUCUGCGCGUGUGAGAAGGGGCCUGAAGCCCAGGCGGCGAGCAGAGAGGAAGCAGCACAUCGAUGAAGCCCGUCUUGAGCGUGAUUUCCGUCCCUGCCGAACGCUGGUCCACAGCCCAGGAACGUCUCCCCGCGCUGGGACACAGCCUGGCUCAGGGGUGGAGGUGGUUCUUCUGUUGACCUCGCACCCUUGGUGAUCUAAGGUUGUGCUCUCCGGGCUGAAUUUGCAAGGGGUGUGUGUGCGUGUGAGUGUGUGCGUGCAGGCGUGAGUCUGGGUGUGUGCCUGCACGUGUGUGUACUCAAUCGGAAGAUGACGCAGAGCAUUUAGCUCUUUUGAGGCACUUGGAACUUGGCCUGCUGGGUGGUGAGACGUGCAACCAGGUGAGAACGCAGCAGACAACACUGUCUAAAAGAAACGCAGGCUGCAUGACCCAGUGGCCGGAGGGAGGCAGGACUGUGGUGUCUGGACGCGUUAGGUUCAUUUUAUACUCAUGUCGGAAGAAAUGUUCUGCUCUGGUGCAGAUGACAGUGGCGGCCAGACCAGGCUUCACUCCCGAGGGUGAGUUGGGAGAAAGCUUAUAGGAUUAGGCAGAUACGCUUUUCUCUGGUGGGUACGGGUUUUCUGCUGGGCAGUGCACUGUUAGUCAACACUUGCCCAACAAGGACGCAUGCUUUCUGCUGUCAUGAAAGCCACAGCUACCUACUCACUUGGACUAGAUCGGGGCCAGUUCCCCACUUCUCCAGCUGAGCUUGAUGUCAGGGUUUGGAGCUCGAGUUCGAAAUCUUGUUUACUCCUUCCUGCACACUUUUGUAUUGUUCUAAUGACUGCAUCCUCUUGACACACUUGUGCUCACAACGAACGGCAAACAACGGUCUUGCAUUAAUAAAAGCCGCCACAGAGCUGUGGGUGAACUCCCAGGUCGGAGUCUGAUGGACUGAAUGAUGCAGGCAUCCAGAAACACUGUGUAGCUCCAAGCACUCAUGGGGGCCUGCCCUCCUCUGCUGGAGCUCCCAGGCCCCGUGUGUACCUGCACAGGAGCAGCAGCUGGGCAGGCUGGCCGAUUUGGAUAAAAAAAAUGUGCAUUUGAAGCCCAGAUUCACAUCCCUCAUGUUUACUUGGGUCAUCAUGGUUGUGCAUGUUGUACAUACGUCUGGAGUACUUCAUACGCCUCCCCACACCCCCUAGGCACUCUUAACCACAGCUUUGCAAUUUUUUAAAAAAGGAAAAUUCUCCGGGAAAGAGAAGCAUGUAAAUAUGUACCAAAUGCUUAUGAAGCUGCUGUUUAUAUGUAAAGAGGAUGUGCACUGGAAGGGGAAAUGGCUCCAUGAGUGUUUUAAGCAGCAGUCCACGCACCACUCUGCACUGGGCCCUGCGCUCCCCCGAGCGUGCACUGGCUGCAACGCCACUGCUUCCCGGUAGACGUUACUGCUCUUGCCCACAUUUCACGGGCCCCUUGUUUUCACCUGAUUAUAAAAUCCAGCAUUUCAGGACUCGGCUUUUACAAAGAAAGAAGAAACAGAGGCAAAUAAGAGCAUCGGUCACUGAUUCCUGCUGGUCCAGUGAGCAUCUGAAGAAUUCAGCUGUUUUGGAAUAACGUGCAUUUUCUAAAUCCUCGAGUGUACCUUUUAUUCAAAACCAGUGGGCUGGAUCGAGUUUGCCGCAAGCAUUUGGGCACCUCUUACUCUGGCUCUUCAAACAGGGGAAGCGUGUGUGAAUGCAUCACUCCCUAAUGGAGCAAGGGGAGGGACCCUGAAAGGUGGAAAGGCAGAACCAGACGUGGACAUGUGCACAGCAUUACCGUUACCACCAUCAUCACUGUGUGCACCGCACCCACACCACCACCAAUGCUUUCAUUUGUCUAAGCUAGAAAUCCAUGUAAACUGCAGCUUCCUUGCUGACAUGGAUGUGUGUGUACCUCGUUUCCAUGGCUUAGAGCUCCAGUUGCUGAAGGACUGUGGCUCUUCCUUCAAGUGCUCUGCCCUCAAGGAACCUGUAGCCUUCAGGACACCCGAGUGCCUUACACGGCUCGUGAACACCAACGUUGGCAGCCGGAGGGAGGGUGCGCUGGGAGUGGAGGCAUUGUGACAUUAAUCUACACUGACCAUCGCUAUGUCACUGAAACCUUCAGAUGGCUUGUGUGUCUUAACACAGUGAUGGAUUUAUGUUUAGGCUCAGGAAAAUCAAGCUGUAAAUAGGUGUAUCAAAUUAUAUAUUUGUUUACUGUAUAUUUUUUAAAAGCUUUAUUGUAAAUUUAUGCAAAACAUACAAGGACUUGUUUUCUCACGGCACUGUGCCAGACAGUCUUUGUGUUCUCUGAGGCAGUUUCUUAAUAACCACACUCUAAACAUGUGACACUCUGUUCAGUGCUAAACAGUAUUCAGAGGCCUGAAACAGGUUUGUAUGGUGACCAGUUACAAACUUUUACACAUAUUUUUGUAUUGUGAUUCCUAUGAUAUAUACCAGAGAAUUUUUACUCAUUUGUAAAUUAUUGUACAGUUUUUAAUAAAAAGUUGUUUUAAAUCUUAGAAUAUUAAAAAUAUUAAAAUAUUAAAAAUGAUUCUCCCCCUCACAAAAUAUUAAAGUUUGGACUUACAGGCUGUGUUA